CACUGCACGUUUGUUUGUGUCUGUCAGAACAGCAGAAUGUCUUUCCACCACCGCUAUUUUUUUAUUCUGUCCAGCGACAGAGUGCUGAUCCUCCUUCUUCUACAAGGUGUGAGUGGAGUGGAUGAUGUGACUAACAUGAGUGCUGUGGUUGGAGAAUCUGUGGUGUUGCCAUCUGGAUAUCAGAGGAGCGAGGUUAAAAGGGCUGAAUGGAAUUUUAAUGAUAAAGUAAUUGUGGAUCUCAAUCGGAAGUAUAAAAGCCAAUUCAGUGAAAGAUUAGAAAUGAACUCCAGCCAUUUAAGUUUAACUGUGAGAAAAAUAACAAAAGCAGAUAGAGGAAUAUUUACAUUUGUCGGCACAAACAAAGCAGAUGCACAGAUUCCAACAAAGACUAUUCGACUACAAGUUUAUGAUUCCACUCUGACGGUAGACAUCCAGAAGAAUGUGACUCUUCACCAGCUGAACAACACCUGCACGGUCAGUUUGCUCUGCAAUGCCAGCGGUCCACCAGAUGUGCAGUUUUCAUGGAGCGGCCAUUGCACAGGGAGUGGUGCCAAACAGCACUUUUCUCUAUCACCAGCAGAGGGUAGUGUCACAUGUGCAUGUAAAGCAAGUGAGGGCUGGAAUCAUAAGCUGGUGACUGCAGACUUCAAGUGUGAGAGCAAGACUUCAGAUAACUCUGUGGAGCCUGAUGUUAUCAACAGGAUUUCAUCUAACGAGUGGUACCUUGUGGCGAUUCCUGCAGCUGGUGGAGUUCUUGUCGGCAUAAUAGUUGGUGUUUGCUGUUACAAGGGACACAAUGUUUUGUGUCUUAACCAAUCAGCUCCUGCUCAACCACAGCAAACCAUCUAUCAGAAUGUAGGCCAAGCCCAAGGGAAGCCAGGGGGGAGUGAAGGGGACCAAUCUCUCUAUGUGCCUCUGCAGACGGUUAGUGAAGAUGUAUAUGAGAAAAUUAUUGCCAACGACUGCGAUGGGAAAGGUAAGUAUACAGUAUGUUCAGAUACGUAUAUUAAUUUAUGUAUUUUUGACAUUCGCUGCAAUUGAAGAGUUUUUUCAAAUCUAUGCUGAAAAAACAAUAUUGAGGCAAAUUUAAAUCUCUUGAUGUAAUAUGGCACAAUAAUUACUUCCCUAAUUCCAGGCUUCUAGAAUGCCAUCUUGAAUAAGAGUUCAUACUUUGUUAUUUCUUACAUCUCCCUUUUUUCUCCAUCAUCAUCGUCACCAUAACCAUCAUUGUUCUUACCAUCAUCAUCAUCAUCAUCAUCAUCGUCAUCAUCUUCAUUAUUCUUAUCAUCAUCGUCGUCAUCAUCAUCAUCAUCGUCAUCUAAACCACUGUUAUCACCACCAUUAUCAUCACCACAACUUCAAUUCAGUUUGAAUUCAC